AUGUUAAAUGGAUUCACCUACGCUAAAAAUAAUAAAAUGCAUUGGUACUGCUCUAAACGUUUGAAAGGUUGUAAAGCUAAAGUGUGCCUAAAUGAAGAAGAAACCGGUAUAAAAUAUGCUAAUAUGAACCAUAAUCAUGCCCGUCCGCUGUACAAGAAGCGAGCAGAUGGGCUAUGGUGGUUUUGGCAGAUACACGGUACUAAAGUUUUACUGGAAUUUAUUCCAACUGUCCGUGGUGGCACGACGUUGGUUUACAAAGGAUACACUUACGUCCACAUGAGUAACAAGACUCGCUGGUACUGUUCUAAGAUAGCUGCAAGAUGUAAGGCGAGGCUCCUCACCACUCCCAAUGGAGAUUUGCUCGAUGUUAUAGAAUCUAGGCACAAUCAUCCACCACCAAAUCUAUUUCGAACUAAAGAUGGCAAAGUUUUCAAAUAUAUACUGGAAUUUAUUCCAACCAAUCGUGGUGGCACGACGUUGAUUUAUAAGGGAUACACUUACGCCCACAUGAGUAGCAAGACGCGCUGGUACUGUUCGAAGAAGGCUGCAGGAUGUAAGGCGAGGCUCCUCACUACUCCCGAUGGAGAUUUGCUCGCUAUUAUAGAAUAUAUGCACAACCAUCAACCACCAAACCUAUUUCGAACUAAAGAUGGCAAAAUUUUCAAAUGU